AUGGACGGCGAUGGCGGCCGCCGAGACGCCCCCGGCGCGCUGAUGGAGCCCGGGCGCGGCGCGGGGCCCGCGGGCAUGGCGGAGCCUCGGGCUAAGGCGGCGCGGCCGGGGCCCCAGCGCUUCCUGCGGCGCAGCGUGGUAGAGUCGGACCAGGAGGAGCCGCCCGGCUUGGAGGCGGCCGAGGCACCGGGCCCGCAGCCCCCGCAGCCCCUGCAGCGCCGGGUGCUUCUGCUCUGCAAGACGCGCCGCCUCAUCGCGGAGCGCGCCCGCGGACGCCCCGCCGCCCCCGCGCCCGCAGCGCCGGCCGCGCAGCCCGGAGCCCCCGGAGCCCCCACGGACGCCGGUCCCGAGCCCCUGGGCGCGCAGGAGCCCUGCCCGGACCCCAUCGCAGCGGCUGUCGAAACCGCGCCUGACCCCGACGGCGGCCCCAGGGAGGAGGCGGCGGCGACCGUGAGGAAGGAGGAUGAGGGGGCGGCCGAGGCGAAGCCUGAGCCCGGGCGCACACGCCGGGACGAGCCCGAAGAGGAGGAGGACGACGAGGACGAUCUCAAGGCCGUGGCCACCUCUCUGGACGGCCGCUUCCUCAAGUUCGACAUCGAGCUGGGCCGCGGUUCCUUCAAGACGGUCUACAAGGGGCUGGACACGGAGACCUGGGUGGAGGUGGCCUGGUGUGAGCUUCAGGACCGGAAGCUCACCAAGCUGGAGCGGCAGCGGUUCAAGGAAGAGGCUGAGAUGCUGAAAGGCCUGCAGCACCCCAACAUCGUGCGCUUCUACGACUUCUGGGAGUCUAGCGCCAAGGGCAAGCGGUGCAUUGUGCUGGUGACCGAGCUGAUGACCUCAGGGACGCUGAAGACGUACCUGAAGCGGUUCAAGGUGAUGAAGCCCAAGGUUCUCCGCAGCUGGUGCCGGCAGAUCCUGAAGGGCCUGCUGUUCCUGCACACGAGGACGCCGCCCAUCAUCCACCGAGACCUGAAAUGUGACAAUAUUUUUAUCACCGGACCAACUGGGUCUGUGAAGAUUGGCGACUUGGGCCUGGCCACUCUCAAAAGAGCGUCAUUUGCCAAAAGUGUGAUAGGUACUCCCGAGUUCAUGGCGCCCGAGAUGUACGAGGAGCACUACGAUGAGUCCGUGGACGUCUAUGCCUUUGGGAUGUGCAUGCUGGAGAUGGCCACCUCGGAGUACCCCUACUCGGAGUGCCAGAACGCGGCCCAGAUCUACCGCAAGGUCACCUGUGGUAUCAAGCCGGCCAGCUUUGAGAAAGUGCACGAUCCCGAAAUCAAGGAGAUUAUUGGGGAGUGUAUCUGCAAAAACAAGGAGGAAAGGUACGAGAUCAAAGACCUGCUGAGCCACGCCUUCUUCGCAGAGGACACGGGCGUGAGGGUGGAGCUCGCAGAGGAGGACCACGGCAGGAAGUCCACCAUUGCCCUGAGGCUCUGGGUGGAAGACCCCAAGAAACUGAAGGGAAAGCCCAAGGACAACGGGGCCAUAGAGUUCACCUUCGACCUGGAGAAGGAGACGCCGGAUGAGGUGGCCCAAGAGAUGAUUGAGUCUGGAUUCUUCCACGAGAGUGACGUCAAGAUCGUGGCCAAGUCCAUCCGUGACCGUGUGGCGUUGAUCCAGUGGCGGCGGGAGAGGAUCUGGCCCGCGCUGCAGCCCAAGGAGCAGCAGGAUGUGGGCAGCCCGGACAAGAGCAGGGGUCCGCCGGUGCCCCUGCAGGUCCAGGUGACCUACCAUGCACAGACUGGACAGCCCGGGCCACCAGAGCCUGAGGAGCCGGAGGCCGACCAGCACCUCCUGCCGCCUACGUUGCCGACCAGCGCCACCUCCCUGGCCUCGGACAGCACCUUCGACAGCGGCCAGGGCUCUACCGUGUACUCGGACUCGCAGAGCAGCCAGCAGAGCGUGGUGCUUGGCUCCCUUGCCGACGCAGCGCCGCCCCCGGCCCAGUGUGUGUGCAGCCCCCCUGUGAGUGAGGGGCCCGUCCUGCCGCAGAGCCUGCCCUCGCUGGGGGCCUACCAGCAGCCCACAGCUGCGCCUGGCCUGCCGGUGGGCUCCGUCCCAGCCCCCGCCUGCCCUCCGCCUCUCCAGCAGCACUUCCCGGAUCCAGCCAUGAGCUUCGCCCCCGUGCUGCCGCCGCCCAGCACCCCGCUGCCCACGGGUCCAGGCCAACCAGCACCCCCCGGCCAGCAGCCUCCUCCGCUGGCCCAGCCGACACCUCUGCCGCAGGUCCUGGCCCCACAGCCCGUGGGCCCCCUCCAGCCAGUGCCCCCCCACCUGCCACCGUACCUGGCUCCAGCCUCCCAGGUGGGGGCUCCUGCUCAGCUGAAGCCCCUCCAGAUGCCACAGGCGCCCCUGCAGCCGCUUGCUCAAGUCCCUCCGCAGAUGCCCCCGAUUCCUGUGGUGCCCCCCAUCACGCCCCUGGCGGGAAUCGACGGCCUCCCUCCGGCCCUCCCAGACCUGCCGACCGCGACUGUGCCUCCCGUGCCACCGCCUCAGUAUUUCUCUCCAGCCGUGAUCUUGCCGAGCCUCGCUGCCCCACUCCCCGCUGCGUCCCCAGCCUUGCCUCUGCAGGCUGUGAAGCUGCCCCACCCCCCUGGGGCACCCCUGGCCGUGCCCUGCAGGACCAUCGUGCCAAAUGCACCGGCCACCAUCCCCCUGCUGGCCGUGGCCCCACCGGGCGUGGCCGCCCUGUCUAUUCAUUCUGCCGUGGCCCAGCUCCCGGCCCAGCCUGUAUACCCAGUGGCCUUCCCACAGAUGGCACCCACAGAUGUCCCUCCUUCCCCCCACCACACGGUGCAGAAUAUGAGGGCCACCCCUCCCCAGCCGGCACUGCCCCCGCAACCUACACUACCCCCGCAACCCACGCUGCCCCCACAACCUGUGCUGCCCCCGCAGCCGGCACUGCCUGUGCGCCCUGAGCCCCUCCAGCCCCACCUUCCUGAACAAGCUGCUCCAGCUGCUGCACCAGGGAGCCAGAUUCUGCUUGGCCACCCAGCUCCCUAUGCUGUGGAUGUCGCCGCUCAGGUCCCCACUGUGCCUGUGCCACCGGCUGCGGUCCUCUCCCCGCCUCUGCCGGAAGUGCUGCUGCCCACCGCCCCUGAGCUCCUGCCUCAGUUCCCCAGCUCCCUGGCUACGGUGUCCGUCUCUGCGCAGAGUGUGCCCACCCAGACCGCCACGCUUCUGCCACCAGCAAACCCGCCACUGCCUGGCGGGCCCGGGAUCGCCAGCCCCUGCCCAGCUGUCCAGCUGACGGUGGAACCAGCCCAAGAGGAGCAGGCCUCACAGGACAAGCCGCCCGGCCUCCCGCAGAGCUGUGAGAGCUACGGAGGUUCUGAUGUCACUUCUGGAAAAGAGCUGAGUGACAGCUGCGAAGGCGCCUUUGGAGGGGGCAGGCUGGAGGGCAGGGCAGCCCGGAAACACCACCGCAGGUCCACGCGCGCGCGCUCCCGGCAGGAGAGGGCCAGCCGGCCCCGGCUUACCAUCUUGAACGUGUGCAACACUGGGGACAAGAUGGUGGAGUGCCAGCUGGAGACGCACAACCACAAGAUGGUGACCUUCAAGUUCGACUUGGAUGGGGACGCACCUGAUGAGAUUGCCACGUAUAUGGUGGAGCACGACUUCAUCCUGCAGGCCGAGCGGGAGACGUUCAUCGAGCAGAUGAAGGAUGUCAUGGACAAGGCAGAGGACAUGCUCAGUGAGGACACAGAUGCUGACCGUGGCUCCGACCCAGGGACCAGCCCGCCACACCUCAGCACCUGUGCCCUGGGCGCCGGGGAGGAGAGCCGGCAAUCCCAAACCAACGCCCCUGUGUAUCAGCAGAACGUCCUGCACACGGGGAAGAGGUGGUUCAUCAUCUGUCCGGUGGCUGAGCACCCCGCACCCGAGGCCCCUGAAUCUUCGCCCCCACUUCCUCUCAGCUCCCUGCCACCAGAAGCCAGCCAAGGGCCGUGCAGGGGGCUCAUGCCCUGUCACCCGUGGCACAGAGAAGCCUGUGGGGCGUUCCUAUCCCUGUUUUCUGCCAAAUUAGCUCAGUCAAAGCAGCCUCCAGGCUUGAGUCUGCUCUGUUACCCCACCAAGCAGGUGGCUCGCAUGGCCACACAGCAGACACGCCUCUGCUGA